UUUUUACUCUGGAACUGUUCCUGUAUUUUGGCAAAUGAGAAGUCGGCUUCCUUAUCCUCCGGUUUAGGACAGUGGCAGUCAUGGCGCCACCCGUGAGGUACUGCAUCCCGGGCGAACGCCUCUGUAAUUUGGAGGAGGGCAGCCCUGGCAGCGGCACUUACAUCCGGCACGGCUACAUCUUUUCGUCGCUUGCUGGCUGCCUGAUGAAGAGCAGCGAGAACGGCACGCUUCCUGUCAUAUCUGUGAUGAGAGAAACAGAGUCCCAAUUGCUGCCAGAUGUGGGGGCUGUUGUAACCUGUAAGGUCUCUAGCAUCAAUUCACGCUUUGCCAAAGUGCACAUCCUAUAUGUGGGAUCCACACCUCUUAAGAACUCUUUUCGAGGAACUAUCCGAAAGGAAGAUGUCCGAGCUACUGAAAAAGACAAGGUUGAAAUUUAUAAGAGUUUCCGCCCGGGAGAUAUUGUCCUGGCCAAAGUGAUCUCCCUAGGUGAUGCACAAUCCAACUACCUCCUGACCACUGCUGAAAAUGAGCUGGGGGUGGUGGUGGCUCACAGUGAGUCAGGUGUCCAGAUGGUUCCCAUCAGCUGGUGUGAGAUGCAGUGCCCCAAGACCCACACUAAAGAAUUCCGAAAAGUGGCCCGAGUACAACCUGAAUUCUUGCAGACCUAAGAAGCCACAUUUUACCACUUGGAGGAGCAUGAGCUGUUUCUAACAGUGCAUGUAUCAAAGUAACAUCAAGAUGCCAUUGUCUUUAUUCAGACACCUGGGGUUGGCCAGCAACCACCUCGUAGGAAAAUCUACCAGGAACUUACUUUGUAGGUGGAAUAAUUUUCUUGUGAACCUUUCAGUAGAUUCCAUUCCCUUGAGUGUUAAAUCUUUCUUUUGGAGGCACCAGCAAACAAACUGUAAGGUGUUGGAAAUAGCCUAGUCCUGACAGUCUUACAAAUUCAUAUUUUUUACUGUAACAAAAACAUUUUUGCUAAAAGGAUUUUAUGGUGUCUAUUGUCUUGAUUAGGGAAAAGAAUCAUUUCAAGAUUUAGAGCAGAGGUUUGCCUGGUGGCACCCAUUAACUGACACAGUCACGUGCUUACUUGCUCUGGACAAAGGCUAAUCUCGUCUUUUUUGUUUUCAUAUUAUGUCUUAAGUACUUGUGCUUAUUGAGUACUUACUACAUGCCAGGCUCUAGGUCAGGUACUUUAUAUUCCCUCAUUUAGAGAUGAUGGUUUAGUGAAAAUUACAGGAUCCAUGAUGAUUCAGGUGGCAUCUAAAUAGGUCUGAAAGUAACUUAUAUAGUAUUGCUGAUUUAGGGGAAAUGUUAGAGGGACAGCAGUAUCAUGGGAGGUGGCCAUGGAAGGAUUUGUGACAUGAAGUAAAAGGAAUUAAAGAACUUAGAUCUAAGUGAAGUGAAGCUGUUCAAGCCAGAGAGAAGCUGAGCAAAGGACAGAAGAGGAAUGAACACAAAAGUCUGAGGAUGAGAAGAGGACAAGGGUUAAGCAUGGAAUGGUCACACAGGUAAUGGGAGGACAGAUGAAUUAUGAGGUGUCACUUCUUGAGAUGUUAGUCAAGGAGCUCUUACCUUCCAUGUGUAGUGACAGUGGUUUGGGGUGAGCUUUGCAAUCAACCCACCUAGGUUUGUAUCCUCUAGUUGCUAGCCUUGAGCAGGGUAAGUUGGGGUUUUUUUUAAAUUGAACAUUUUAUUGAGCUAAUUGUAGGUCCAUAUGCCCUUUUAAGAAAUAACAUAGAGAGAUCCUUGUUCACUUUGCUGUUUCCCACAAUAGUGACAUUUUGCAAAACUACUCUAUAUGAAAAUAAUCAGGAUGUGGACAUUGAUACUUAGCAAGUUAUUUUUAUUUAAAUCUGUUUCCUCAUCUGUUUAUGACCUUACAGGAUUAUUAUGAGGAAGAAUGCGUGAAAGUGCUUAGUACCUGCCAAUGUUAUUGUUAUAUAUUAUUAUAUAUAUCUGAUUGCCUUCUAUCAGGUAUCCUCUAAAUGCCAGGACUUAUGCUAGGCACUUUGAUCUAGUUUAUUUAAUCAGUCUCCUAUUGUUAAGUAUUUUAAAUCUACAGAUUUUUCUUUUGCAGUCAGUACUGCAGAGAAAACCGCUAUACCGUGUAUCUUUGUGCAAGCCUAUGAUUCUUCUGUAAAACAAAUUCCUAGAAGUGGAAUGCUGGGUCAAAGGGUAAGCAUAUUGUACAAAUUGCUAAUACAAAGGAUUGACUUUAAAAACAA